UGCUCUCACCACCACAAACUGCCCGAUGACAGAUUUCUCUGAACUUGAACUACCAAGUGAGCCAGGGCCCGUGUGGACCGCUUCGUGGGACCCUGUCUCAGGAUGAACAGCACAAAGGGUACUAGGGAAGUGACCCUGAUCGCCUCCUAGCAUGGGUGAAGGUGCCGAAUCUAGUUACCAGCACCCCAAAAUGAAAGAAGACCUCGUUUCCUCCCUAAGUAACAUCUGUCUGUCUGUGUUGCUGUAUUAUUAUCACAUCAUCAUUAUCAGUAUUGUUGCCCAGAGGAGGCCAGUCCCCAUCUUACCACCCAAACCCUCCUGGCUGUACAGUGCCCUGCUCUCCCCACUCUUGUCAGCUUCGAGUGAGAUCAGAACCCCACCCCACCCCCGGCCCCACUCCACUUCUCCCUCUUUUCUCUCCCUACUCUGCCUUUGCCUUUCUUCUGGCAUGACCUCAAAGCCCAACAGCCUUAUGCAGGAACUUCUCUGGAUCCAGGCUGAUAACAUCUGCGCUAGAUAGCUGUGCACAGCAGCCAUGACUCAGGACUCAGUGCUGUGGGAAGGCAGGACAUCACCAUGCCCUCCAGCCCAGGAACCUGGCUCACAGGUUGAACUGUUGAGGCUUAAGAUCCAGAGGGCGUGAUGGUCUGGGAGCUGACCUUUCACCUGGCUUCCUGAGCUCAGGCAAUGAGCCCUCAAAACCCUGGUACUUCCUUCGAAUAGGCCCUUUCUGGGAUUCCACCGAGAAAGCAAAGAGGCCUGCCUUUGCCCUGCCUGUCCCCCAGGUUCUAGGACAGAACUGAGUAAGGUGAGCUAUAUGGCAGUCGCCAGCUGUGUCCCUGGAGCCCACAGACCCCACCAACCCCGCCUGAGAUGUCUUCUUUCGCUUGCUGGAGCCUAUCUCUAACUCUUCUUUCCCUGCUGUGUUGUCCAGGGUCUGGUGAGGAGGCGUUUAAGGUCUACUUCUGGUCCGAGAAGCAAAUAGUAGAAGCCACAGACUCUUGGAAAGUCAACUGCAGCACCAACUGUGAGGCCCCGGAAUCGGGUGGUCUGGAGACCUCCCUGAUUAAGACAAAGUUGGACGAGCACCCCCAAGGGAAGUGGAAACAGUUCUUAGUCUCAAACAUCUCCGAAGACAUGGACCUUCUAUGCUACUUCAACUGUGUGAAAAAACAGCAAUCGAAGAGCUUCAGAAUCAGAGUAUACCAGCCUCCAGCUUGGGUCACAGUAAAGCUGCAUCCCCCUCGGGUGUUUGUGGGUGAAGUCUUCACCAUUGAGUGCAAGGUUUCCGCUGUGAAGCCGCUCGAGAGCCUCACCCUAUCUCUGCUCCGUGGCAGAGAGACCCUGCAGAACCAGACCUUUGGGGGAGCUGAAACCGACCCCCAAGAAGUCACAGCCACGUUCAACAGCACAGCUCUCAAAAAGGAUGGCCGCAACUUCUCCUGCCAGGCCGUGAUGGACCUGCGGCCCUAUGGCGGGUACAUCAUCCGUAGCACCUCAGAAUCCCGGGUCCUUGAAGUCUACGAGCCUAUGCAGGACAACCAGAUGGUCAUCAUUAUCGUAGUGGUGUCGAUACUGCUGUUCUUAUUUGUGACAUCCGUCCUACUCUGCUUCAUCGUCGGCCAGCACUGGCACAGGAGGCGGACGGGCACCUAUGGGGUGCUAGCUGCCUGGAGGAGGCUUCCCCGAGCCUUCCGGUCACGUCCUGUGUGAGCUGUUGUUGCUAGGGCCCCUGGUGGCAUCUUCGGGGUCUGGUCUAGCGCUGGCUGAAGGACUGUGGCAACAGCACAAGACUCUGAGGACAUUUCUUUUUUUUUUUUUUU